AGUGUUGUGCACAAGCUAGCCCCUCGGACGACCCAGAAACAGCUUUGACAGUAAUUUGAUAACAGUGAUAAGGAGGCGUCGCGACGCCGCAUAUUCGAGAUAGGUUGUCAGAAAAUUUUGCAAGUCAUUAUUAACAAUCGUCAUUGUAGAGUACCAGCACGUUUCAAGUAUUAUAUUUAAAGAUCUUUAUUUGCCAAAUUAAUAAACAAUAUUUGUAUAGUUCUAGUUGAAAACGGAGCGUAUUAACCGAAGUUUGGUUCGUGAAAUACAAAUUGUAGUAGGAGAUUAAAUUUUUGAGCUUGAAGCAAUAUAAAACCGGCGUUAUUCUUGCUGAAAAACUCCAGGAUCAAUUUCACGAACAAACUCAAAAAUUUAUCCAGAAGUACCAUGGCUUCCAACCAGCAUCAGCGGCAAACCCGAUCGCAGACUAAGGCAAUUCGAGAGGCAAUGAAAGCUAACCUACAAAUUGCAUCGUCCCACGCCUCUGAGAAUUGCGGUAUACUCUUCGAGGCUACUUUCGUUGAGGCAAAUCGAGGUCACGAGCGGGACUGUAUUUCUUGCGAUCAACGGAAUGAUGCUGAUAAAUUCAUGGUUCAGUGUAUGGGUUGCCAAGGAUGGGAACAUUUCAAGUGUGCCGGUGUAACUACUGCCAACGCCCACGAGAUAGCGUAUCGGUGCGUGAUGUGCAGGCCCCGGAUCCCUCCACCAGCACCUAGUUCAAUCACGGCUGAAUCCACAGCUAGCAGCUCUCGUCGAGCUCGUAUAGCUCGUGAUUUGGAACGGUUGGAAGAAGAGCGGAAGCUGCACGAAACAGCAGCCAAGGCGCAGAUGGAUCGAGAUAAAACUUAUCUAAACAAAAAAUAUAAACUGCUUGAACAGCAGGAUGAAGAGAAUGAAAGAGAUAGUGCUCGGAGUAAACGCAGUAGUCAAGCCGGAUCCUGCCGGGUAACAGAUUGGGUUAAGGAUCAGUCAAGAACCGUUGAAAGAUCCAACCGGGACGUCGUUACAAUGCCGUCAGAAUCUGCCAAGGCCAUUGAUUCCGGGAGAGCAGUUGAACCUACGCUAGUGAGCCAGCUUGGUGGCCCUCAAACGUCGACCCCAUUAACAAAACCCAUCGAAAGUGAGGAGAAAACUCCCGCAGCAGUUGUUCUUGAUCUGGCUAGUUGGAUUGUGGAUUUAGAUCGCACAUCCCUGCAACGAACAACCGGCAGUAUUUCCGUAGGAGAGUGUCAGGACAAUGAGUCUGCUGCUACCGACGAUGCCGCUAGAAUCCCGUUAGUUGACAUACAACCUUUUCUACGUCUUCUAAAGGAUGUGGAAUCCAACGAUCAAAGAACUGGAGCCUAUCCGAAGCCAUCCCAACCUACAUUCGACAAGUGGCGGCUUGAAAUCGACAACCUUCGUCGUGUACAAAAUUUACAACAACAACAUGCCCAGGAAAACGAUAUUCGUCGAAAGCGUGAAAUCGAAUUGAUGCAGCAGUUGAAGUUAGUUGAACAACAACGACGCGCGGAUGCGGAGGAAAUGCAGAAACGGGAAGCGGAGUAUCGUAGGCAAAUACGAUCUCAGGAAGAAGAGCGUAUCGAACAUCGGAAGCAAACAGAGAGAGCGCUGGAAGAGCGUGAUCGUGAAUUGAGUCGAUUGCGUCUUGUUGAACAGCAACUUAUGAGUCGGCUAAAUCAAUUUUCUCAACCCAACAAGACUUUAUCACCGGAAAUGAACAUCGGACCUGUGUAUUACCAGAAUUGUCAACCAGCGGCAGGUAACAAUACCCUCCCCCAAAACGAUGCACCAUCGGUAAGUGAAUUAUUUACACAACAUAAUCCCUUUGAAAAACCUAUCAAUGCAUCGAUGUAUGAAAAUAUAAGCACACCCAUCGGGAGAAGAACCCCCUGUUACGAUUUCCCUGAAGUUACACCACCCAUGCUACCUCAGCAACCACCAUAUCCUCCCACUCCAGUUGCCCCUAUUGUGAAUCCAUCGUAUGAAACAAACCACGUUCGUGACCACCUUUCCGGGCCAACAUCGCAGCAGUUAGCAGCCCGCCACGUGGGGAGGAAAGAACUUCCUGUGUUUAGCGGAGAUCCUGUGGAUUGGCCGCUCUUUUAUAGUAGCUAUCAGCACUCCACCGAAUUAUGCGGUUUUUCAAAUUCGGAAAAUCUUCUUCGCCUGCAACAGAGUUUGAGAGGAAAUGCUAAAGAAGCCGUGAGCAGUUUCCUGUUGCACCCUUCGACGGUUCCGGAAGUAAUCGAGACGCUUAAAACUUUAUUUGGUCGACCGGAACAGAUCGUACAUCACAUGGUCAACAAGGUACGCAGUACUCCAGCCCCGAAAGAACACCGAUUAGACAUGCUGAUGAAUUUUGGAUUAGUUGUACAAAACAUGUGUAGCCAUCUUAAAGCCGUAGGAUUGCAGAACCAUUUAUCUGACCCUACUCUGCUCAAGGAACUCGUAGAUAAAUUACCACCUACAGCUCAAUUCAACUGGGCGUUGUAUCAGACGCAGUUCCCGCUCGUAGAUCUUAAUGUAUUCUCCAAAUACAUGCAAUACAUAACUACCGCCACCAGCCGCUUAGUAAUGAACGGCGGAAUCAACAAUGCAACAUCAAGAAGCAAGGGAAGAGAAUUUGUUCACACGCACGCUGAAAUCGUCGAUGACUCGGAACAACCCGAAUCGAGUCAAACAGAACAGCUGAACCAUGUUGCACUGAAACCAUGCGUCGCGUGUCAAAAAUUCGCUCACCCAUUAGAAAAAUGUUUCAAGUUCCAAAAUAUGAGUACAGAUGAACGUUGGAAGCUAAUUAAACAAAACAAUAAGCUCUGUAGACGCUGUCUUGUGGCCCAUAGUAGGUGGCCGUGUAAAGGAGAAGUUUGCGGGAUAAACGACUGUUCGAAGAAACAUCAUCGUUUAUUACAUUUCGAUCCACAAGAGAGUACAUCUGCGAGACAACAUGCCACCGUGUCUAUACAUCGUGAGGUUACAUCAUCUAUUCUCUUUCGCUUGCUACCGGUAACGCUUUUUGGUAGCAAAGGCAAUGUGCAAACCUUUGCAUUUUUGGACGACGGAUCUUCUGUCACGAUGUUAGAGGAAUCGCUAGCAGACGAACUAGGUGGCGACGGAAUUACAACGUCGCUUUGCAUCCAGUGGACUGGGGGAGUAAACAAGAACAUCUCUAAUACUCGAAUUAUGGAAUUUGAGAUAGCUGAAACUAGCGACGCUAGGCGUCAUAAACUAUCAGAAGUAUACACUGUUGAGAGUCUUGAUCUACCUGAACAAAGUUUGCAUUUCGACAGAAUGUCUCAAGAAUAUCCACAUCUACAAGGUUUACCAGUAACAAGCUAUGAAUCUGCAGUGCCGAGACUACUCAUCGGACUAAAUAAUGCUCAUUUGAUUAUGCCAUUGAAAGCCAGAGAAGGCAGACAGGGUGAGCCAGUUGCUACCAAAACACGGAUUGGGUGGUCAAUCUUCGGUCGUGUACCACGAAGAGCGAAUACGUUGCCCCAUCACCAGUUACACAUCUGUGCUACAAAAUCUGAUGACAAUUUACACGAAUUUGUUAAAAACUUCUUCUCGAUCGAAAGUUUGGGCAUACGAGCUGCCCCAGAGUUGCAGACCCUUGAAGACCAACGAGCUUAUAAAAUAUUAUCUGAGACAACAAAACGAACAUCAAGUGGCCGAUUCGAGGUUAGUUUAUUAUGGAAAUAUAAUUACAUUGAAUUCCCCGACAGUCGACCGAUGGCUGAGAAACGCUGGAAAUGUUUGGAGAGAAGACUUACGAAAAAUCCUGCCCUGUAUGACAAAAUUCGUCAACAGAUUGCAGAUUAUCAGCUUAAAGGUUAUGCGCAUAAAGCCACCCAGGCCGAAUUUGAAAGUUUCGAUCUUCGCCGUACGUGGUUUUUACCCAUGGGGGUAGUGCUGAACCCAAAAAAGCCUGAGAAGGUGCGGCUAAUAUGGGACGCAGCUGCUAAGGUCGAUGGUGUAUCAUUAAACAGCAUGCUCAUGAAAGGUCCCGAUCUUCUAACAUCUCUUUUAUCUAUACUUUUUCGGUAUCGAGAGCGUGAAGUAGCCAUUGCAGCGGAUAUUAGAGAGAUGUUUCACCAGAUAUUGGUGCGCCCUGAAGAUCGUAGUGCCCAGUUGUUUCUAUGGCGAGAUUCUCCGGACAAACCCUUGGACAUCAUGGUGAUGGAUGUGGCCAUCUUUGGUGCUACGUGCUCGCCUGCACAUGCACAGUUCGUGAAAAAUCUAAAUGCGGCAGAAUAUCAACGAGAUUAUCCGAGAGCAGCGGACGCAAUCACACGGUGGCAUUACGUAGACGACUACGUACAAUGCGUUGACACGGUCGAGGAAGCGGUGGAGUUAGCCUUGCAGGUGACAGAAGUCCAUUCUAAAGGUAAAUUUGAAAUUGUUAAUUGGAUUUCAAAUCGCAAUGAAGUUCUACAACAAAUCGGUGCCAACAACCCAACAGUUGUUAAGAACAUGCAGUUUGGUGAUGAGUCAGAAGGCCAACGUUUGUUAGGGAUGAUUUGGCAACCAUCCUCUGAUGUGUUCUCUUUUCCAGUACAAUUUAGCAAAGAGAUUGCAGAUUUAAUUAAUUGUGAAACUGUUCCAACAAAACGGCAGUUAUUGAAGCUAGUUAUGAGUUUGUAUGAUCCCUUGGGUCUAAUUUCUGCUUUUACGAUCCACGGAAAAAUAAUUAUUCAGGAGGUGUGGCGAGAGAAAGUUGCAUGGGACGAUAAAAUACCUGAAGAGAUUUUCACCAAAUGGAAACUGUGGCUCAGUGCAUUACCUGGUAUAGAAUGUUUAAAGAUUAAACGAUGUUACUUUCCCGGAUACACAAAAAACACGUAUGACAACGUUCAGCUGCACAUAUUUGUCGACGCGAGUGAGCAGGCGUAUGCAGCUGUAGCCUAUUUGCGAGUCGUAGAAGAUAAUAAGGUUCGAUGUGCUCUGGUAUCCUCGAAAACAAAGGUUGCACCGUUAAAGAUUUUAUCUAUUCCUCGUCUUGAGCUGCUUGCGGCCUUGAUAGGAGCUCGACUGAGAAAGGUUAUAGAAGAGGAACACACCCUCACUAUCCAUGAAGUCCUUUUCUGGAGUGACUCAACUACAGUACUGUCAUGGAUACGGUCAGAUAUGCGUCGCUAUAACCGAUUUGUAGCUCAUCGAAUCAAUGAGAUACUUGAAUUAUCCAAAAUUGAAGAAUGGAGAUGGGUCCCCACACGCCUUAAUGUCGCUGAUGAGGCUACGAAGUGGGGAAAAGGACCUUCGUUUGACGCUGAAAGUCGAUGGUAUAAGGCACCGGAAUUCCUCUACGAGCUGGAUGAAAACGAAUGGCCGAAAGAUCGUAUCGUCUACGCUGAAGUUAGUAAAGAAGAGUUACGCAUCGAUAGUGUCCAUGCUCAUGUGGCACGAGUUCCUAUAAUCGACAUCAACCGCUUUUCUAAGUGGGAACGCCUUCUGCGCGUGACGGGCUACGUUCAUUACUUUGAAGACUGUUAUUUGAAGAAGUUUCUGGGCAAGCAGAUCAACACUAUUGGUAUGAAUAGCGAUCACUUGAAGAGGGCUGAGCGUGCAUUGUGGAGAAUUGCACAAAAUGAUUCCUUUCCGAAAGAGGUAGAUAUACUCCGACAUAAUAAUCAAACGAGCGUUCCGAACAGGAGAAAGAUUUCAAAAUCUAGUUCCAUAUCUUCCAUGGGCCCAACUAUCGACGAGUUUGGUGUGAUUCGCGUAGAUGGUCGAAUGCAGGCGGCUGAUUGGAUGGAAUAUGAUGCUAAGUACCCGAUCAUCCUACCCAGAGAUCAUAGGAUCACUUACCUUGUACUGGAUUGGUAUCAUCGAAAUUAUGGGCACGCGAAUGAUGAAACUGUCGUCAAUGAGCUUAGGCAACGAUUCAGAAUACCGAGACUACGAGUCGAGUUGAAGAAAGUCAAAAAAGCAUGUCAAUGGUGUAAAGUCUACAAAGCGUCACCUGUAGCGCCGAAAAUGGGUCCGCUCCCACGCGUAAGACUCACACCGUUUGUACGUCCAUUCACCUUUACCGGAAUCGACUACUUUGGACCAUAUCUGAUUAAAAUAGGAAGAAAAGCGGUCAAACGAUGGGUAGUGCUCUUCACCUGUUUGACUUUGAGAGCGGUUCACCUCGAAGUUGCUGCCAACAUGUCAUCCGAUUCAUGCAAAAAAGCUAUCCGUAGAUUUGUCGCACGUAGAGGAGCUCCUGAGGAGAUUUACACGGACAACGGAACAAAUUUCCUAGGCGUUAGUCGUGAACUUAGAACGGAACUGAAAGCGAUCAACAACGAGCUGGGUAGUACAUUCACCGACACCAGAACCCAAUGGUAUUUCAUACCACCAGCGGCACCCCACAUGGGCGGAUGUUGGGAACGGAUGGUCCGAUCCGUAAAAACUGCUUUGAAAUCGGUCCCUACGGUUGAUAAAUUCGAUGAAGAAUCCUUCCUAACGGUUCUAAUUGAAGCUGAACAUAUGAUAAAUUCUAGACCGCUGACAUUCAUCCCUAUUAGGUCGGAAAACGAGGAAUCUUUAACCCCCAACCAUUUUUUGAUGUUGGGGUCCAAAGGAGUACGGCAGGGUGUUAAAAGGCCUAUCCUGAAGGGAACGGUUAUAAGGUGUAGCUGGGACCUUAUUCAACGAGUUUUGCAAAUCUUUUGGCAGCGAUGGGUGGUGGAAUAUUUGCCGACCAUUACAAGACGAACAAAGUGGUUUGAAGAUGUUCGUCCAAUCAAUGAUGGGGAGUUAGUAGUAAUUGCCGAUGAGGGUGCGCGUAACCGAUGGAUCAGGGGUCGAGUGAUUAAGAUGUAUCCAGGAAAGGACGGUGUAUCCCGGAUGGCAGAUAUACAGAUAAGCGGUGGAGUUUUGAGUCGUCCUUGUACUAAACUUGCGCUUUUGGAUGUAAAAUGAACAUGACGCCGAACGGAACGUUCUUUCGACAUGCGGGGGAGGAUGUUGUGCACAAGCUAGCCCCUCGGACGACCCAGAAACAGCUUUGACAGUAAUUUGAUAACAGUGAUAAGGAGGCGUCGCGACGCCGCAUAUUCGAGAUAGGUUGUCAGAAAAUUUUGCAAGUCAUUAUUAACAAUCGUCAUUGUAGAGUACCAGCACGUUUCAAGUAUUAUAUUUAAAGAUCUUUAUUUGCCAAAUUAAUAAACAAUAUUUGUAUAGUUCUAGUUGAAAACGGAGCGUAUUAACCGAAGUUUGGUUCGUGAAAUACAAAUUGUAGUAGGAGAUUAAAUUGUAAGCAUAAAAUUAUCUAACUUGAAUUCAAUUACUAACAUGCCAAUAAAUUGCAGUUUGAGCUUGAAGCAAUAUAAAACCGGCGUUAUUCUUGCUGAAAAACUCCAGGAUCA